UUAAUGGCAACUCUCUAGUACUCAUUUACUUAUAUAACAAAAUAAAUUCAUAUUUUAUUGAAACUCUCUUUUGUAAACAAUUAUUUUAAAUUAUGGCCGAAGAGGCAAACAUAACCCCUGUUAUUACACGGGAAAUGGUUUAUAUAUUGCCAAGCGUAAAAGCUGAUCGAAUAACAAUGCCGGAUGUCCAGGAAUGUCUCUUGGAAGAUAGUCCAAAACUUAGAAAUCCACCGCCUGAGGCAUCAGCACCAGCGGCAGCCGAGGGAGAGGCAGCUGCAUCCGAGGCUGGAGCAUCCGAGGGAGAGGCCGCAAAAGAAAGUUCGGAGAAAACUGAGUCCGGGACAGAGUCGGGAUCGGGGUUAGAUGGUGAAUCCGUGGAGAUGACUUGUGAAGUGAAGUAUGUGUGGAAUGCUCCAUGCAUGAUGGUCAUUUUCGAUGACGGAGAUCUGAACAGCGCAAUUUUUUAUCUGAUGGAAUCUCUUCAAGACCCCUUCGCCCUGGACGCAGUGGCGGUUCUGCUGGUUCAGGAGAGUCUCCUCGAGGAGAUCACUGGGCGGGUGGUGUCUUUAAUGCGGCCAUUGGACUCCAGAGUGGCCAACCAUCCCUGCUACCAGCGCACCCUGCUCAAGAUUGCGGAACUGAAACCAAAAGUCAUUGUGGGUCCUCCUAACUCCGUUCUUCCCGAUGCAACGCCUAUGCUGGUCAGGGAUAUCCCCCACAAGUACCUGGGCGAGGGUCCCACGGGCAUUAUAACCAUGCACGUCUUCCGGACACCCCUGGAGGCCACGAUAGUGUAUCGCAAGGAGAGUCCCAUGCUGCCCAUCGCUUCUGUGAGCAUGUGGAACGAGCGGGUCUCGUGUGUCUACGAUGUCCUGGCCCUGAUGAACAUCGACACCUUCAAAAUCAAUUGCUUCAACGUAGAUAUGGAACCAGUGAAGAAAAACUUUGAGAUACGACGAUUUUGUGCCAUGAUGCAUCAUGGUUACCACUACGAGACCUGUCUGGUGAAUGGUCAGCGAAAAAUUAUUGUCUUUCCAUGUGGCACUAUCUUUGCAAAUUGAUUGUUAGUCGGAGAGUAGAGACCCAUAAAAUAUUACCACUUGAUCCAUUAGGAAA